AACAAAGUCUGUUAUUCAAACACUUCUCAAAAAUCUUCCCAAAUACAUUGAUAACUGAAAUAGGUCUAUAAUUGAACAUAUUGUCUUUACUUCCAGAUUUAAAUAUUGGUGUCACUAUGUUUUCUUUAAAUUGGCGAGGAAUUACUGAGGAUUUGAAACAGAGGUUGAUAAUAUUACAAACUAUUUGUUGUAACUCUAUGUUAUCCACUGGAGUUAGAAACAUAGAGUGAGCAAUGUUGACGACAUGAGGAUCUGAUGUAUCAAGAAUUGAGUUUUGAUCAGUCUGACUUGUUAUUUGCUCACCUAUAUCAACAAAAUAUUUAUUAAAAACACAGGCUAUAUCAGUGGGUGCGUCCAGCUGCUGAUUAUUGUGAUUAAUUGAUUUUACGUCAUUUUUUUUUUAUUUUGCCAGCAUUAGUUACCUCAUUAAUAACAUCCCAGCUCUUCCUAUAGUUAUUACCAGCUAAAAUUAAAUUUGUCUAUAAUAUUGAUUUUACAGAGAUCUUAAUAAGAUUAGUUACUCUGUUUCUGUAGGAGAUAUAGGACUGUCUCAAUAUCAAAUUAUCAUUAUCUUUCGUCAAACUCUGUUUCAACUCAUCUCUCUUCUUGAUCGAAGUAAGAAUACCUUCAGUCAUCCAGUUAUGGUUGAAUAUAAAAACUAGAAUGUGAUGUAUUGACUUGUUUAUUUUUGUAUACAUUGUUUGAAGAAGAAUAAAAUAGAAUUAAUACUUGAUACACUUUAUUGCCAUAGUCCUCUAAAAUGUGGUACUUGGUUUGAUAGUUCGACAUCAAAAUUAUUUUUUAAUUUGUUAAACUUUUCGUUUUUCUAUUUUUAG